AUGAAUAUCACGUCCACAAAAAUUGAUGAUGAUUCCGAAGUACUUGAAGCGCUCGAGUCUGAGGAUAGAGAAUACCAAAAGGAUGCAGAGAUUGAUAGGAUUCUCAAGGCCUUUAGACUCGAUGCUUAUGCUGUCCUCGACUUGCAACCGGGAGUUCCAGAGUCUGAUAUAAAAAAAUGUUACCGUGUAAAGUCACUCCUUAUCCAUCCAGACAAGACCAAAAACCAGCUGGCACCAGAAGCGUUUGACCGACUUAAGAAAGCUCAGACAGAACUUAUGGAUGAGAAGCAUCGCUUAGUUCUUGACGAGGCAAUAGCAGAUGCGCGCAUGCUCCUUAUUCGUGAGAAGAAAUGGACAGUAGAUAGUCCCGAGUUGAAAACAAAUGCGUUUGCAAAGGAAUGGAGAGAGAAGACCAAGUUUGUACUGAUUGACAAUGAGCAUCGUAGGCGAAAGCAGAUUAAGGCACAAAUGCAAGAAGAGGGUAGGGAAAUGAAAAAAGCUGAAGAAGAGGGAGAAGCUAGAAAGAGAAAGAGAGAACACGAGAAAGAUUGGGAGGAGACAAGAGAACAAAGAAUCGGCAGCUGGAGAGAUUUCCAGAAAGGUUGCGAUAAAAAAAAGAAGAAAAAAGCUAAACCCCUGGGUUAA